AUGAAAGAGGUAACUUGUGUUAUUGACGCGAUACUUUGUUUAUUGAAGCGGAGCGACAGUUUGUUACUACUGGAACUAGAGUGUCUAAAACAAAGGCUAAACAACGGAAAACUUUGUUUUAUUCUUCUGUCAAAUUAGAACAUUGGGUAAGCUUUUCCUUAGGCUUCUAAAGAAAGCUAACGAGAACAAUCUCGACAGUAAAUACUACAUCAAAGACAAGAGAAAGAUUAAAAAGUGAGAUCUGUAUUUACUAAGAUGCGAUCUAGAAUUCAGGUCAAACAUGUUACAGAGCACAUGAAGUAUUUGGAAGAACAGAUACAAGUUAUGGAACCUACCCUCGAAGCUAUGAACAUUGCCGUAGAAAAAAGUAAGACGUGGAUAGAAGAUAAAAAUGACAACUUGUCUGUCACCUACAUCGAGCUAUACCAGGAACUUGAGUCAGCGACCACGGCCUUGUUAGAUGCAGCGUCACAAGUCAUACAUGAAAAUAAAGAACAUGUAGAUGUCGAUAAACAAACGCCAUCUUUUUCUAAGUCUACACCUCAAAUUACAGCAACAGAAGAACUCGAUCAAAAUGAAUCAACACAUCAAGUUAAAAAACACCUUUCAAAAAUAGAUGAAAUAUUGAGUCGACUUGAGCAGAUAGAGACAGCCAUAUCUUCUCUACAAGACGCCAAUGACAAAUCUACAGAUGACAUAUCAGAAAUAAAACAAUGGAGAGACAACUUUGCAACAGAACAGUGUGACAUGGGGGUAAACAUUGAACAACUGACUAAAAAACAAAAACAGAAUUUUAAAAACCUCAGAAAACAAAUGAGUGAACAAGAUAACAAAGUAAAGGAGCUGAACAAAGAGAUGCAAGAUAACAUAGAUAAAAUAGAAAGUUUAACACAAGAAAUUAAAAGACAUUCUGAUCAGAUUGUUUCUUUAGAAGAAAAUACAUCAACCAAACUUGAGGGGGUGCAAUCAAAGCACAAUGUGAUGUACAAACUCCUACAACAAAGAUUAAUGCCUAUUGACAAACUGAUUCAAAUCUUUAACCAGAACUUGGAAACUAGGGAAGAAAGCAGAAAAAAACUUCACAGCAUUGAAAAUACUAUUUCAAAUUUGUCUAAAGAUGUUCAUCUGAUCGAGUCACGUGUGUGUAACACAUAUCAUGCGGAGCUUGCUAUUCCUAAGCCUGUCAGUGCUGGAUCAAUUAUCUCAGCAGUUGGUAAAGGCCUAUGGGAUAAAACAAAAACACGCGCAAAUUGGCUGUUUUACAACAAUGAAAUUAAGUCAGAACCAGAUGGAGAUUUUAUAGAUAAUAUUCACCGAUACUGGAAAGGGGAUUAUAGAAAAUUAGAACGUCACCAUGGUUACAUACAAUGGUUGUUCCCCAUUAGAGAACAUGGAACAAACCGUCAUGCCCAACCUCUACAGCUGCAUGAGGCUGAGAAAAUCAAAAGUGAUCCAAAAGCCUUGCAGCGUGUACUAGAGUCCUAUAGACUGAUGCUAGAUUUUUAUGGCAUGGAAUUGGUAGAUGAAAGAACAGGUAAACUACAGAGGUCUGAGAACUACAGAGCUUGUUUUGACAACUUGUCUAGGAACUCACAUAACCUCACGCGGAUAACUCAAAUACUCAAGUCUCUUGGAGAGCUGGGCUAUGAACAUCUGAAGAAACCUUUCCUUGAGUUUGUUCUACUUGAAGCUUUGGUGGAAAAAACAUUGACCACAACACUGUCAACUUGUGAGAACUACUGGAUUGGUAUAGUCAGAAAUGACGAUGAGAUGGAAGAGCUAUACCAGAUGAUUAAGAUGUAUAAAAAAUGGAAAUAAUUGCUACUGAAACUUUAGAAUGUAGACAGCAACUUGUUUUAGUUUUUAAUGUUUUCCUUGUGAUAUUUUUUUAGAAAAUUGUUAUCUGGUACUUUCACAUGUUAGUAUUUAUUGUGUAUCUUUAUAUGUUUAAAUUGGUUUACUGUUAACAUGUCACUACAGCAAUUUGGGCGACCUUUCUUUCGCCACUGUAGAGAUUUCUCUGAAGCGCCUAACGAGUCCUAAUCAAUGUGCUUUUCGCAACCUGUGCCCAACCCAAUGCCACAAGCUCCUAUAAAAUACUAACUACCUAUCGCUUAAUCAGAGGGCUGUGUCACGGUUGACUGAUUUAUCUCAUGCGCGUUGAACUAGGUAGGGGCAGAUUACAUUUAGAGAUCACAAGGUACUAUUCGGGUUUUAACUCACAUUUUUUACCUGAAGUCUACGUAAUGUCAACUGCUUUUAGAACGUACUACUAAAAAUUGGAAAAAAAACAUAUAAAAACAUUUAUUACCGCAAGCUUUUCAAUGCACUAAACAAUAGGACAAUAAUACAAGUCUGGUUUCUUAUAAAUAAAAGCUUUGUUGCUAAAAAUGUGCGUUUUUAGAAUUGUAUUUUAGGUUUUUAAAAUAUCCAUAACUUGAGUACUUUUCUAGUUAGGAGGGCAAAAGUACCAAUAUAAGUAUUAGUUGUUAUACGUAGAUAUCGAUGGGAAGUGUCAUCCCAACCCUUACUGUUACAUAAAAAUAAACAACAAAGUUUAGGGAAGCACACUGCCGCUUUUUCUUUUGAAAUGUUUAAAAUGAUAAACCAUUAAGUAGGUACAUGCGAUGUCAAAGGAACGUUUCAAAAUAAUGAAUGAGAGACUAAAAUAAGGUGUGAUUACUUCCUUUAUUUUGUCAACUUAAAAUAUAAUACGUCAACAUAUCACAACACGAUACCAUGAAAACCUAGCGUAUGUCUAAUCAACACUAUCUUAAAGAAUUUAUUUGACAACUUUAUUUGUACAGUACAUAAAACGUAAUUAACCAUUAUAUAGUCUUUAAGCAGAUAGACAUAAAGAGUAAUAAACAAUAAAUCAUUGAAAU